UAGCAGCAGCAGCGCCAGCAGCAUGUCCAAACUGCAGCGCACCCUGGACGUAGUUCCCGAGAAGUCAGAGACCGAGCCCGAGGCCGUAAGCCUGCCUUCGUUCACAGAGGGCUGCCAGCUGGACGCCAUCAUUGUGCAAAUUGGACAGUUUGGUCGCUUCCAGAUCACCAAUUAUUUGCUGCUCUGCCUGCCCAUCAUCUGCAAUGCCUUUUAUUCAAUUUCCUACGUGUUCACCGCCAGCGAAGUGGCUUACAGAUGCAACAUCACCCAGUGCGACACUCUAGGGAGCAGCUACGAGGAACCCUUCCUCAACUUCACUACCCCACAACGCCACGGGGGUUGGGCUCAUUGCGAACACUAUGCCUUCCGACCUGAUAUGGGGGCUGUUCUGGGUCUGUAUCUGGGGGCAGAUCCCUGCCACAAUAGCAGCUUCGAUAAGGGUCAACGGGUCAGCUGCGAGUCGGGCUAUAUACUUAGAAAAGACGAAAAAACCAUAGCCAGCGAGUUUGGAAUCUUUUGCGGCGAAAAGUGGAAGCUGUCUAUGGUGGGUACUGUGAACAAUAUCGGACAGUUUGUGGGCAUUCCCUUGGGCGGUUACCUGGCCGAUAGAUAUGGUCGCAAAUCAAUACUGGUUGUGUCGGGCGUCCUGAGCUCCUUCGCCGGACUGGCCCGCUCCCAUGCUCCCGAGUACUACAGCUUUCUCAGUCUAGAAUUCCUUGACAUGGCCGUAGGCAGCACGCUCUUCCCCACCGCCUUCCUGCUGGCCGUGGAGCUGGUGGGCCCCAAGCACCGAGUGGUGGCCGCCACUAUGAUAAGUUUGACUUACGGUCUGGCGGAGGCAUCCAUGGGCUACCUGGCCGACUACCUGCGUGACUGGCGGGUGUUUCUCAGAGUGCUCUAUGCACCGGCUUUGCUGCACUUGCUCUUCAUAUGCCUGCUGCCAGAGAGCGUGCGCUGGCAGCUUACCCAAUCCAAUGAGUUGGAAGCGAAGGCCACGCUGCGAAAGGUGGCCCAGGUGAAUCGUAAGGAGCUGCCGGAGCGGCAGCUGAGUGAGCUGAUCCGGUGCAAUCGCAAGCUCGUAGACGGAGAACAGGCCCCCGGAGGUCAUUACACAGCUGGGCAGAUCAGUCGGGCGCUUGGAGGUCGGAUUGCUCUGUGCUGCUUUGUGUGGUUCACCCACACCCUCGUCGCCCUGGGAUUGAGUAUUCACUCGGGCGAGUUGAACGGCAGCAAAUUUGAGAACUUUAGCAUGACGGGAUUCAUGCAGGUGCCAGGCGUCCUGCUGGGCACCGCCCUGAUGCACUGGGUUGGACGCCGAUGGGCGCUCACCUCCUGUCAAUUCACCUGCGCCACCCUGAUUCUGGCAGUGGCGGCCACGAAUGAAGAUUAUCCCCUGAUCUCCUCAAUACUGUUCUUUCUGGCCAAGAUGAUCUCCACGGGCAGCUUCAUGAUCGUGUACUUUUUCACCUCCGAGAUCUUUCCCACAAACUGCAGGAACAGCCUGCUCUCCUUCUGCUCCUGCAUGGGUCGCUUUGGCUCCAUGCUGGCCCCCCAAACAAUUCUCCUGAUUGCAUACUAUGAGUAUGCUCCGCACUUGCUUUUCGCCCUGUUUGGAUUCACCUGCUCGGGCCUUUCACUCUUCUUCCCGGAGACCACCAACAAGGUGCUGCCCACCACUCUGGAAGAGGCACGAGGUCUGGACAGGAGCAUGCCCGGGGCUAAAGCGAAAAGUGAAGAGAAAAGUACUGCGUAAUCUAAAUUAAUCUAGAGUAUCGGAAAUCAGAAAAAUCGGAGCUUGUGACUUUCGA